AUGAGUACCUCUCAAGACUGUUCACCGACCCCCACGACUCGCAUCUUUACCCAUUACCCUACACUCUUGAAGACGAAGAAACUGUUUGACCUCCAAGACCUCAAACAUGACUUUGAAUUCCCACCGCUGCAAGUCGACGGACCUCCUCAUCCCGGAAAAGGCUGGACUAGAUUUGUGUGUAUCUCUGAUACCCACUCCAAUAUCUACACAUUUCCUAAAGGAGACGUACUACUGCAUGCCGGAGAUUUGAGUAGCUGGGGAGAAGUCGAGCAAUUGAAGCAGACUGUCGAUUGGAUUGCGUCGUUAGAGGGAUUUCAGGUGAAGAUAUUGAUAGGUGGGAAUCACGAUUUAUGUCUGGAUGAAGAUUGGUGCAAGGGCUAUUCCCCAGAGGAGAGAGAAUAUGAAGAAGCGAGGAAGCUCAUUACGAAUGGCGAGGUCAUGGCAAAGGGAAUACGAUAUCUAGAACAUGGACGUCUCGAAUUUACGACCGAGGAAGGCAGAAAAUGGAUCAUCUAUGGGUCGCCGGCAGCCCCAAGAUAUGCCCUCGGAGCUUUUCAGUACAAGAACUCGAAGGAAGCAGAAGAUAUAUACAAGUGCAUACCGGAUGACACUGAAAUUCUCUUAACCCACACCCCACCUCAUCAGAUUUUAGACAAGACGAGGAAAGGAAUACGUGCGGGUUGCAAGGUAUUACGGGACGUGCUAGACUCCGGGCGAUUGGACCGUCUUCGUCUUCAUGUCUUUGGUCAUAUCCACGAAGCUCAUGGGGCUAUGCUGACAGGGAACGGUAGAGCAGAGGUUAAUGCAGCUUUGGUGCGGGGUGGGGAGGCUAUUAUAGUUGACUUAAAAAAUUGAGUGUCUCAUUAUGGCCUACGAAACUAGAGCAGCCACGACCCUGGAACCUCAGUACUCAGUUCUUCCCAACGGUUCCUCUCCAGCCGCAAAUUCCUCCGGUACUAACUCAAGCCUCUUUGCAACUUCAGCCUCGAUCUCCGCCAUUUUCGUAUCAAUUAGGCGUGAAGCUCGAACUGAACCAUCGAGACAUACUUCUCACCGCGUUGAAGCAGGUCGAACCA